GAGCUGACUUGGAGCAGCCGGCGCCGUCGUUGCGACCGCCACAGCGGAGUUCAGAGGCCCCAGCGGGGGGAGACUUCCCACACUGUGACCGAGAUGUCGUCCACUGCGGCUUUUUACCUUCUCUCCACCCUGGGAGGGUACUUGGUGACCUCAUUCUUGUUGCUCAAAUACCCGACCUUGCUGCACCAGAGAAAGAAGCAGCGAUUCCUCUGUAAACACAUCUCUCACCGCGGAGGUGCUGGAGAAAAUUUGGAGAAUACAAUGGCAGCCUUUCAACAUGCAGUUACAAUUGGAACUGAUAUGCUGGAAUUGGACUGCCAUAUCACAAAAGAUGAGCAAGUUGUUGUGUCACAUGAUGAGAAUCUAAAGAGAUCAACAGGGGUCAAUGUAAACAUCUCAGAUCUCAAGUACUGUGAACUCCCAACUUACCUUGGCAAACUGGAUGUCACAUUUCAAAGAGCUUGCCAAUGUGAAGGAAAAGAUAACCGAAUUCCAUUACUGAAGGAAGUUUUUGAGGCCUUUCCGAACACUCCCAUUAACAUCGAUAUCAAAGUCAACAACAAUGUGCUGAUUAAGAAGGUUUCAGAGUUGGUGAAGCAGUACAGACGAGAACACAUAACCGUGUGGGGUAAUGCCAGUUACGAAAUUGUAGAAAAGUGCUACAAAGAGAAUUCAGAUAUUCCCAUACUCUUCAGUCUGCAACGUGUUCUGCUCAUUCUUGGCCUGUUCUUCACUGGUCUCUUGCCCUUUGUGCCUAUUCGAGAACAGUUUUUUGAAAUCCCAAUGCCAUCUAUCAUAUUGAAGUUAAAAGAACCGCACACAGUGUCCAGAAGUCAGAAGUUUCUCAUCUGGCUUUCUGAUAUUUUACUAAUGAGAAAGGCUUUGUUUGACCACCUCACUGCCCGCGGCAUUCAGGUGUAUAUUUGGGUAUUAAAUGAAGAACAAGAAUACAAAAGGGCUUUUGAUUUGGGAGCAACUGGGGUGAUGACAGACUAUCCAACAAAGCUUAAGAAUUUUUUACAUAAUUUUUCAGCAUAGAAAAGGAAGUACUCAAGCAUUCAAAGAAAACAUGAAAAGACCUAAGAAAAAUAUUUUUCACCAUCAUUUUCCUAAGCCAUUUCCAGAAUGGUAAAAGGUUUAAUCAGUUAAGUUUUAUUACCUCAUUUUUAAGCCUGUCUGAGAAUGUACACACAAUAUAUUGUGUAUUUAUUUUAAAUAAUAUUGCAUAUUUUGAAUCUGUAAAUAGUUUGUUUAGAAAUAACUUGAUUAUAAGAUGUAAUUAGAAGAUUAUUGAUCGAGAUUUCUGUAUAUGAUUCUAUUAUUAUAAGUAAUUCUGAAAUCAAAGACUAUUGGAUAAUUUAAUAAUUUCACUGGAAUAAGGUCAGCUAAUUAGUAAAACAAAACUAUGGCAAUCCACUACAGCUAUUUUGAGUUGUCAUGUUAUUUCAAAGUGCAUCACAAUUAAUGGGGAAAAA